CGUAACUUCCUUCUUCCUGUAAUGGUACGCGUCGACGAUCUAUACCGGCCAUCAAAAGGCCAAAGCCUAGUGUUUACGAAAGGGUCCAAGACGAGUAAUGUUCUCACCACCACUGUACCCUCGCAACAAAUUGCACUCCUAUGUUCACGUACUGUACCCGAAGUUGCGUCCAUUAGUCGACAGCUUUGACGUUCAACGUAAAGCCAGGAAACUUCUCGAGGACGAUGAUCGUUCAACUUCGAAACCCUUACGCUUCGAAUGCAACAUAUCCCCUUUUUCGAUAAGUUGUGGAUCCUGUAUCCCGAGUGGUGCGAGAAACAGCGGACGGUUUCGAGCGACGACGGGCACAGCAACGUUCCGAGUGAGCGCCUGAAUUCGCUUCUUUUACUUUCUGCCUGUCUAUAAAAGCCCCCGGACGAACCCUGGCCUCCAGAAACAACUCAAUCCAGCUAUCUCUCGUCUCGCUCCUCCCCCAGUCUUUGAGCUAUCAAGUGCACCUCUCUUUGUGCAACAUUCCUCCACUUCCUCUUGCCUUCCAUCCUCGAACUAUGCAAACCCGCGUCGCCCUCAUCACUGGUGCUGCUCAAGGCAUCGGAAAAUCCAUAGCUCUCCGUCUCGCCGCCGAUGGCCUCGACAUCGCCGUCAAUGACAUUCCUUGCAAACAUGACCUUCUCCUUGCUUUGCAGGCCGAAAUCCUCAAACAACACCCUGACCAGAGAUGUCUCGUUUUGACCGGUGACGUGACCGUAGAGGACGACGUGAAGAGAACGGUUGAAGAGACAGUGGAGAAGUUGGGUGGAUUGGACGUGAUGGUGGCCAAUGCCGGCAUACUGAUGAUGAACUCUUUUUUGGACAUCUCCGUCGAUGAUGUGGACAAAAUCUUUGCGGUCAAUUUCCGUGGUAUCUUCCUCUGCUAUCAAUAUGCUGCGAAACAGAUGAUCAAGCAAGGCCGAGGCGGGAAGAUCAUCGGCGCUUCGUCAAGAGCAGGCAAACGCGGUCGUUCUGGCGCGAGUACUUACAGCGCAACUAAAUUCGCCGUCAGAGGAUUCACGCAAGCUGUCGCGGGAGAGCUUGGACCGCAUGGGAUCCAAGUAAACGCCUACGCACCUGGUGUGAUCAUGACAGACAUGAUCCGAGCGGCCGCGGAAGAACGAACGCCAGACGCACAAGCUUUCCUGAAAGCGGAAAGUAACAACGCAGCACUCAAGAGGAUCGGAGAACCAGAGGACGUAGCUUCCGUCGUGUCUUUCCUCGCGUCGAAGAACUCGGAUUAUAUGACUGGCCAAACUCUCACCAUUGAUGGAGGACGACACUUUGAUUAACGUGGUGCUUCUCUCAGCCAUGAUGCAUGAUGUUUGAUGCUCGAUGCCUGAUAUGUCUUUGCUUUUGUCUCAUCCCUGUACAUUUCCGUGCAGUUGCUUUCUGUCUAGUAGAGCCGAAUGAUACCCAUGAUACUAUGCACUCGUAUAUC